CCGGGGAGCGAGGUAGACAAAAUCGCGCAGGAUGCCGUUUAUGAUAGGCAAGGAGCCGAUACGGCGGACGGUGAAGUACCUGAUGGCUGGUAAAUUGGUCCUAAAGGACAAGAUACAAAUAUUAUCCAUCAAUUACAACACUCACGGCGAUCAUCACGAGGGUACGAGAGACUUUGUGUUUUGGCAUCUACCGCAGUUGCAGUACAAAAAUCCGAAUGUGCAGAUCGUUACUUUUAAGAACAUAACCCCGUCGCCGUUCAUAAAGUGCUACUAUGAGAAUGGCAAGACAAUGUUAAUAGACUUAGAUAGCAAAACUAAGGACGAAAUACUCGAGCAUCUCGUGAGAGUAGUGGGAAAAUCUAAGGAGGUAUUACUCAAGGAGACCCUAGCUCAGGAGAAGAAGGAUAAUCCAGCAAACUUUGGAGUCGGUUGUGAUAGGAGUUGUAUAUGUCAUGUGCUAGACCAAGUGCCAUGUCCUGGGAUAGUACCUCUGCCAGAUCACAUGCGUGCAAAAAUUGUAAUACAGAGACUACAGGAAAAAGAGUAGACAAGCUAUAGUUGUUAAAAAUUCUUGUUACACUUGUAUUAUAAUUGUAUUACAUGUACAAACGUGUGAUUCUGUAUGUGUGUGUUGUGUGGAUGGCAUGUAUAUCUUUGUCCAAAAAUAUGACUAAUGGAAGUAACUUAUCUCUCAUUUUAUUCCAAAGCAUGUCAUGUAUGCGCUCGUUAUAAAAAGGAUCUCCGUAGGGUAACAUACUACAAUUUCAAACUUGGUACAAUUCUGAAUGGAGUAAGAUCUUUGAAGUUCAGGUUUGGAAAAUCUGAUCUCUUUGUAUGAUAUCAACAAUCAUUUGUUUGCUUAUUAGUACUCCUGUGUAAAAAUUUGUGAGAAAAGCUAUUCUUUUUGAUCAGAAAAUCUCUUCCUUUUAUUCAAAUGUUUAUGUACAAAUCUGAAUAAAGGCAUAAUUUCGAGUAAUAA